AUGUUAGUCCACGAUAUCGUAGGCGGCACCAGUACGCUGGAUCCAAAGCAUCUAGCUUUAGGACUCAGCGUCACCACCUUAGUUACCAUCGCUCUACUCAGAGCCCGUGCUUUCCUUAGCGAAACAAUCGUAAAGGUGCUUUCAGUUGUUUGCAACUGGUAUCUACACUGGGCGAAUCCGAUUAAAGACGAGCAUGGCAAGAAGAGUUUGCCAUCCCUGCCCUACAUAUGGCCGAAUGGCAACGGAGACGUUGCAAAGUUCCUACAGGGUCGCGAAAACGCCGAAGAAUGGCAUAAGUCGCAUGGAUCUACUUACAGAAUCUGGUCCGGAUCAGUGUCCGAGGUUGUUGUCUCGAACCCCAAUCAUCUGAAGGAGCUCUUCAAAGACUCUGAUCAGCAUUACAAAGCCGUCAACAAUGAUUCCGGGUACCUGAUGAGCAAGAUCCUUGGUCAAUGUGUGGGUCUGCUUAGCGGCAAGUCAUGGCAGAGCCUGCGCUCCCAAAUGGAAGUUCCAUUCACGCAUAUGGCCAUAUCGAACGAAGCAGCCGUCAUCCGAGAGCAAACCCGAAAGUUCGUUGAGCAACUGCGCAAUAGCGGAGAUUUUCGCAACGGCGUAUUCGAUCCGGCCAAGGACAUCAGCUUCUAUCCUUUUCUCGUUGUAGCCACCGUGUUGUAUGGCGACCUUGACGCAGAAGAUAUUCGAUGGCUCAGGAAGAUUGUGCCAGUGCGUCAGAAGCUCUUCACCUUUGUUAUCAAAGGCGGCAUGGCCCGGUUCUCGAUUUCCAAGUUCCUUCCCACUACGGCAAACAGACUUCUAGACGAGUUCCAGUGGGAGUGGCUGAGCUUCAACGAAUCCAUCUACAAGAAGGCCAAGGAUAGGGGAGCAGUGACUCCCAUGGUCAAGCUUUGGGAAGACUGCCAAGCGGGCAAGGUUUCUCAGACACAGUUGCUACAAACCCUGGACGAGUCACUUUUCGCAAACCUAGACGUCACAACGGGCGCGAUCUCAUGGAACUUCAUCUAUCUCGCGUCGUCGCCCGAAGAUCAAGCCAGGCUUUUCGAGGAGGUUGAGAGAGAGGGUGAAGGGGAUGAUUCUCGAUGGGACGCAUACAUUGCUAGAGGCGAUACAUUUCUUGCGGCCUGCAUCAACGAAUCGUCUCGCCUACGGCCUGUCGCACCCUUCUCGAUUCCUCAAGCGCCUCCGUCGGACCGGAAAAUUGGCGAGUGGAUCAUACCCGCGCGGACGAUGGUCAUUGUUGACACGUAUGGGCUGAACAUACGCAAUCCCUUCUGGGGCGACAAGAGCUCGGAAUACAUGCCGUCGCGGUUCCUGGGUCUCAAGCCAGCCCAGACGCGAUAUAACAUGUGGCGAUAUGGAUUUGGGCCGCGCCAAUGCAUGGGAAAAUUCGUUGCGGACCGCAUGCUCCGGAGCAUAGUUGCGUCCAUUGUCAAGGAGUGGCAGGUGAAGCUCAGGCCACAGGACGCAAACAGCAACUACUCGGUGAAUCCGGAUGAGUGGAUCACCCACCCGGACAUUCGACUUGUCUGUACCAAGCGGCAGGGAUAA